CUGGGUUCUGCUGAGCAGCGCCCUCUGGUGUUCACUGCUGCUUAACGCAGGCUAAGGAAACGUGUCCCGUCUCAGAUGAUUCGGGGCUGAUGGAUAAACGCAGCGUCGCUGGAGACAUGGGAGGAAAAGAAGACGCGAAGAUGCUAGAAAGCCCGAUUGAACAAUACAUCGAAUCUCUCCGCAAACACGUAGAAGAGCAAGACCCGGUGUUUCUGAUCAGCGUGGUUGUGGCCUUAGCGGCGAUUAUCAUCACCUGCGUUUUUCUGAAGUACUUCCUCACCAGUAAAACCGUCCGGAGUGCCGUGCUGCUGGUCGGACUGUGUGACUCCGGGAAGACCCUUCUGUUCAGUCGGCUAGUGUCAGGGAAGUUCAAGCGGACGCAGACCUCCAUCACUGACAGCAGUGCCCCAUAUAAAGCAAAAAGUGAUAAGGGAGCAACUUGGACUCUGAUAGACCUGCCAGGACAUGACAGUCUCCGUGCUCAGUAUCUGGAGAAAUUCAAGUCAGCAGCCAGAGCCAUCGUGUUUGUGGUGGACAGCGCCAUCUUCCAGAAAGAAGUCAGAGACGUAGCCGAGUUCCUGUACGUCCUGCUGACCGAUAGCGUGAUCUGCCGAAACACCCCGACUCUCCUGGUGGCGUGCAACAAGCAAGACAUCACCAUGGCAAAAUCUGCUAAACUGAUCCAACAGCAGCUGGAAAAAGAAUUGAAUACCCUGAGAGUGACCCGCUCAGCAGCUCUCAGCUCCCAGGACGGCUCCGUUGGCGGAAGCGUGUUUUUGGGCAAAAAAGGCAAGGACUUUGAGUUCAGCCAGCUGCCUAUGAGGGUGGAGUUCCUGGAGUGCACUGCCCUUGGCAACAAGGCAGAAGAGGGAGAGGCGGACAUUAAAAGCCUUGAGAAGAGCCUGGCUAAACUGUGAAAUCUGCAGCUUAACACCUUCUGCACGAAGUGUCGCCUUAAAGACACAACGCUCCAACCAGAAUGUCCAUUAUUGCCUAAGUAAUUAGAGCAAGGUAGGGAAAAAUGCUCCAGAGUGAGACGUGUGUCAUGUCGGCCUCUUAACUCCAUUCAACAGGAAUGUAUUGGUGGAAAGAAAAAUGAUUUCUCUAACCAGAAGCAUAGAACCCUCACGUGCUUAAUAGACAAUCAAAUAACUGAUGUUUGUCAGAAAUAUCAAGAAUUUUGUGUUUGGCUUCCAACAUCUACAGCUGGAACCUCAGUGUUUGUAAGAAAAAUGCUCAGAUUUAUUUUCUGUUUGUCGGAGCUGUAUCGACUAAAGCACGAGCUGUUUCUUCUUUACCUAUUUAAUUCCAUCAGUGCCUCUUUUCCUGGUGUACACUCAGUUUUCCGUUUGUUCAUAGACUGGCUUACAGUGAAAAAAAGUUUCAUUUCUAAUGAAUGUGUAGAUUUUCUGUAGUUCAGUUAAGCUUUUAUUAUAUUCUGCUUGUUCAAGAAAGAAUGUUUUGCAGUGAAAUGAGAAAUAUGUUGAUGCAACAGUCCAAACAUUUUCUUUCAAAUUUAGUCUGAGAUGACUCAAGAUUUUAUUUCCACAAACCAGUUUAGGUUAGUUCUUUCAUUGUUGUCUGGUAAGGAGUCGUUUUCAUUAAAACUAUUGUGAUUUGGUUUAAAAAAA